AUGGGGGCAUAUCAACGAUUGGUAAAGGAUUUGGCCAGCAAGUUCGAAAAAAUAGGGUUUGAACGAAUAUCGAGAGAAAUGAACAUCCAGGCAGAUCGUUUGGCCCACGCCGCAUCAAUGUCAGUGGAAGACAUGAGGGUCGCAACGGUGGAACUUUUAUCGAGUCCUAGUAUACCAAUGGAUCCUGGAGUUAUGCAGAUUGAUGCCGAAGAAGAAACGUGGGUGACUCCGAUCAUGAACUAUCUUACGAAGGGAACCCAACCCAAUAACCCAAUUGAGGCAAGGAAAUUACAAAUAAAAGCCGCAAGGGCUAUAUCUCAUAUGCCUCGACCCACGUGA